AAAUUGGGCUUAAACGAAAAAACCCGUCCGUUUCCAUCUACCUCAUUGCUUAUUUGUGUUUCAGUGAUGUUUCAAAGAUAAAGGAACCAAGAAAUUAAUGAGCAGGGCGCCUAAAAAUAAAACCAGCGCAGUUCCUGAGAAGACUCAUUGGAAAGACUUGAAAUAUUUUAUAUACAAACGGAACUGUUUCAUUACAAACACUAUCAGAAGGGCCCGAGUCCCUGGAUCCAGCCAGGAACCUAGCGCAUACAUGGUGGUUACAAGCGCUUCCAAAACGUUGUCACACAUUCCUCUCAAACGUAUCGAAGAUUACAAGUCUUUGUAGUUUUCGAUUAAGUACUGUCUUCUCUUGGAGAUCUAGGUAAUUAUCUAAUCAGGACUCCCGUAUUUUCAGGCCCAAGACAGCAAAUGUACAGGUAAAAUUGGCGGCUAUGUAUAUACAGGUGAUACAUUACCUGCUCUUGAUAACGAGCAACUCCACAGGUCAUGUGACAACAAUGAAAAAAAAAGGUUGACUCCGUGGAGAGGGCCAGAUGCAAUCACCUGUGUACGCGUUGCCGUACAGCGGAAAUAGAGAUUUAUAAUUUAUUUUCAUGAUGGAGCUUAUGUUGUGGAGGAAAUUCACGGAGUGUGUAUACACUGGAGUUUAUCUUUCUGGCUUCUUCACGGGGCUUUGUUAAUUUAUAUCUUUCCUACUAUAUGCAAGUUCUAUUCUGAUGAGUGUGAAAACGGACGAAAAUAGAAAUUUACACAAGGGGAACCUCUCCCCUCGUGUGUUGGAGGAUGACAAGCUGCCCCGUGGGGUGGUUGGCCCCUCCCUACACGUGGGUCACGAAAAGGAUAAUAACAAUGUGAAGAUGGGCAGCCUGCAGGAGCUACAGGCCUUGAUCCGGAGCAAGGACGAGAAGAUCCGAGAACUCCAGAAGAAGAUCCAUGACCGGGACGAUGUGAUUACCCAGCUCCGGAGUCAACUGGACAAGUACCAGUCGGUGCUUCCCCAGUCCUUGAAGGUCACGGCCCGACCCAGGAAACAGAGGGCCCAGGGAAUCUCUGCCGAACCCCACAGCCCCAAGGAUCUGGUGAAAGCAAACAACAAAAAGCACUCCAAGUCUGAGAGUUCCCGGGAUCUGAUCCGGUCAGCCAUCCUUGACAACGACUUCAUGAAGAACUUGGACAUGGGGCAGAUUCGGGAGAUCGUGGACUGCAUGUACCCCGUGGACUACACCAAGGACAGCCUCAUCAUCAAGGAAGGGGACGUGGGGUCACUGGUAUACGUCAUGGAAGAGGGAAAAGUGGAGGUGACGAAAGAUGGACAGAAGCUUUGUACGAUGGGUCCCGCCAAGGUGUUCGGGGAACUGGCCAUUCUCUACAACUGUACACGGACAGCAAGCGUCAAAGCUUUGGUGAACUGUAAGCUAUGGGCUAUAGACCGGCCAUGUUUCCAGAGCAUCAUGAUGCGGACGGGGCUGAUGCGACACGAGGAGCACAUGGACUUCCUCCGAAGUGUUCCAACUUUCAAACAUCUUCCAGAGGAGUUAGUUAGUAAGAUUGCGGAUGUCCUUGAAGAGGCCCACUACAAUAAUGGAGAAUACAUAAUUCGGCAGGGAGCGCGCGGGGACACGUUCUAUAUCAUUGCAAAGGGCAAGGUGAAGGUGACCAGGCGCCAUUCUAAGACAGGAGAUGAACAGCUGAUUCGGUGUCUUCAGAAGGGCGAGUUCUUUGGAGAGCGGGCACUCCAAGGGGAGGAUGUUAGAACGGCCAGUAUCGUGGCGGCGGAUCCAACAGGCGUGGAAUGUCUCGUCAUCGACAGAGAAUCAUACUUGCAGCUCAUCAGUGACCUAGAUGAACUAAAGCGAGUUUACGAGGAUGACGAAGAGAAAGCAGUGGCUGAUCAAGAGUUCAUGAAAUUGAAGCUGAGUGACCUGAGCAUCGUCGCCACCCUGGGGGUGGGCGGGUUUGGCCGAGUAGAACUGGUUCAGGUCAACAACGACAAUUCCCGGACUUUCGCCCUAAAAAUCCUCAAAAAGCAUCACAUUGUGGAAACGAGGCAGCAAGAACAUAUCAUGAACGAGAAGAAAAUAAUGUCAGAGUCUCGGUCUGAUUUUAUUGUCAGACUGUACCGGACGUUUAAAGACCGGAAGUACUUGUACAUGUUGUUGGAGGUUUGUCUGGGUGGAGAAUUGUGGACCGUUCUCCGUGACAAGGGUUCGUUCGAUGACGCCACCACCAGGUUCUACACGGGUUGUGUUAUAGAGGCGUUCGCCUACCUCCACAACAAGGGCAUUGUUUACAGAGAUCUCAAACCAGAAAACUUACUUCUGGAUUCUCAGGGAUAUGUGAAACUGGUUGAUUUUGGUUUUGCCAAAAAAGUUGGUCUGGGCCGGAAGACGUGGACGUUCUGUGGGACGCCGGAGUACGUGGCCCCGGAAAUCAUCCUCAACAAGGGCCACGACAUCUCUGCCGACUUCUGGUCCCUGGGCAUCCUGAUGUUUGAGCUCCUCACUGGCAGUCCACCAUUUUCAGGACAAGAUCCAAUGAAAACUUACAACAUUAUCUUAAAGGGCAUUGAUGCCAUUGAUUUUUCGCGGAAAAUCAGUAAAAACGCCCAGAAUUUGAUCAAGAAGCUGUGCCGUGAGACGCCCUCCGAUAGACUGGGAUUCGGUAGGGGCGGGAUUCGCGAGAUCCAGAAACACAAAUGGUUCGAGGGCUUUAAUUGGGACGGGCUUAAAAAGAGAACCUUAAAACCUCCCAUUACACCUCAAGUCAAGUCUGCAACAGAUACCUCUAAUUUUGAUGAUUACCCAGACGAAGAAGAUGACCCUCCGCCGGAUGACGUCACGGGAUGGGAUAGAGACUUCUGAUGACGUUAUGAUCAAAUGAGUAGUUUUAAAAACUGUCUUUCGUGAAAUCCCUCGACUGUCGUGGAGCUACAACAGCGAACAAGCAACACAGGUCGCAUUCAAUAUGCAACGUUCAGGGCUUUCAUAGAACUGGCGAUCAGUGACGUCACACAAGUUCGUCCGUGUCCAGCUGAUUACAAAGUGUUGUUUACAAAGAUCUGUGAUGAAGAGAGGAUACUGACAACUUUUAUACAUGUAUAGUAUUUUUAUAUCUCGAUUGCUACUGAUGUGCCUUUUUAUGCAAAAGUAGACUGAUCUGUUUUUGAUUAAUUAGAGAGAAUUGUCUGAUCUUACUGAAAUGAUAGGUAAGCAGGCAUACAGAUUACUGAGUUACCUGUCAUCUCAUGCGUGUAUUCAUGAUUCACAUUACCGUCAUAUCGACCACAUUAAAUAAAGGUGACUACAUUUUGUAA